AUGAGUAAAAAAUUAUCAUUGGAAGAGAGGCUUUCCUUGGCUACUAAGAAAGGAAGGAAGAAAAAUAAAAGGUCAACGUCAAAUUUGUCGUCACCAUCGCCUGUGGUGCUGCCAAACAGUGAACAAGAAAGUAUUAGUAUAUCAGCUGACGAUCCGGCUCCUGAUGUGGGGUCAAUUGAUAAUACUGAGGACGUAGAUGAUUCCACGGUACGAUCAGAGAGCACUGUUGAAAGCGAUACACGUAAGCCAGAUGCAAUUCCUGUCAAUGAUGUGGCGGAUGCCGAUCACAGCAGGACUGAUUCCUCCAACGAUACUGUAGUAUCAUUGCCUAAAUGGCUACCUGAAAAUUACACUGAACUCACUGUGAAAGAAUUAGUCAAAGAAAUUAGUCCUGAAUAUCUAAGACUGAACAAACAGAUUAAUGACCUAACUAACCAAGUGAGCAGGAAAUCACAAAUUGAAACCACGGAUUCUAGUUUUUUUAAGUUGAUUAAGGAGAAGGACGAUUUGAUAGAUCAGUUAAAGAAAGAAGGAACGAAAUUAGCGGAAACUGAGUUAAGGCAAUCUAAUCAAAUUAAGGCCUUAAGAACAAAAGUGAAAAAUCUAGAGUAUGAGGUAUCUGUACUAAAUGAGGAUUCUGCUCAGAAUGUAGAGAACUACAAUGAACUGCAAUCGUUGUAUCACAAUGUACAAGAGCAACUGACGGAAGCUACACACAAAUUAAAAGAUACGGAUAAACAAAAUGAGUUAGUUGAAACAUUAGAGAAAAACUUAAGGGAAAAAGAUGAUUUGAUCACAAGUUUGCAGCAAUCUUUAGAUGAUAUGAGGGCAUUGCUUGAAAAAGAGAAAAAUGAAUUCCAAACGGAAAAGAAAGCACUACAAGAAGCAACUGUUGAUCAAGUAACUACACUAGAGACAAAACUAGAACAACUGAGAAUAGAAUUGGACAGCUCUACCCACAGUUUAAACGCUAAAUCCAGUAGAGAUAUUGUUGAUGAUCAACACAGUUCCGAAGAAAAACAACACGCAUCUUCCAAAUACAAUCGACUCAAGGAACAGCUUGAGUCGUCCAAGGCCAACUGGGAUAGCAUUGAAUACGCUCUGAACACUAAGAUUGUUGAUUUGGAAAACCGCUUUGAAUCCACAAUGAGAGAAAAAAAUAAUAUUGAAGAGAGAUAUCAAACCGUCUCACGUUCAUCGGAAACAUUAAGUGUGCAGUUAGAAAAAGAACGAGAAAAUCAUUCAAAGGCAGUUUUGGAAGUAAAAGAACUGGAGAAGCAGGUAGAGACAUUGAAAUCAUCAUUGCAAAGUAUAAGUGAUGAUUACAAUUUACUGAAGAAGAAGUACGAUAUACAAAGGUCCCAGUUGGAGAAAAAUGAGAACGAACUAAAGCCACAUCAAGAAAACAGUAAUGAGAAGAUUAUAGAUAAAAUACCUGUAGAAUUAACCAGUAGGCUAAAUUCUAUGGAAGGAAAUAUAGAAGACGAAUGGACUUUACCUCAAGAAAACUCUAUGCUAUCACUAUCAAUGUCAAAACUGGGAGAACUAGAAGGUGAUUCACCUCUAAAACCCAUUGACGAUGAAUCACACGAAACAACAUGUAGUGAAGAAAGCCAACAUUUUGAUAGAAAAAAUGUAGAUUUUAGCAUUGAUGAUAUUCCAGAAGAAGCUGCUGAUUUACAAGCAAUCAGGGAAGGCGAAUCAAUGAAAUCGUUAAACAACACGUCAAUACCAUACAGAAGAGCAAGCGUUCAGCUGUCAAAUUCUAACGGCCACAUAAGCGCCCAUUUAGUGAACAAGCUAAGUACGGAGUUAAAAAGGCUGGAAGGAGAAUUAUCAGCUUCAAAGGAAUUAUACAAUAAUUUGCUGAAGGAAAAGGCAAAGGCAAAUGAUGAAAUCUUGAGACUACUGGAGGAAAACGAUAAAUUUAGUGAGGUGAACAAACAGAAAGACGAGCUCUUAAAAAGAGUUGAACAAAUGCAAAGAAAGUUGGAAACCUCUUUACAACUACUAGGCGAAAAGACUGAACAAGUGGAGGAAUUAGAAAAUGAUGUGUCCGACUUAAAGGAGAUGAUGCAUCAACAAGUCCAGCAAAUGGUGGAAAUGCAAGGAAAAAUGAGGUAA